AACUAAGGCAAUGGUGGGAAGGUGUGUGUAAACGAGAGGUUGGCAGACGGCAAGGUGCUGAAACGAAAACAUUUCGCGUUGAAUUUGACAAGGUGUGCAAGUAAGCGGCAGCAUGCUCCGUGGAAAUUAAAGAGCGCCGCAUUUGAAAGAGGAUUUAUGUUUACAUUUUAUUCUUUGCUGAUCACUUCGGAAUUAAAAGAUUCCGUUCCACUGUUGUGAAGAAUAAAUGUGGAUUAUUUCAAAUUGAAACAUACAAGAUGAUUGCAUUCUGUUUUUAAGUAUUUUAUUUUAAAAUUUUAGAGUUUUAAAAAAUUGUUUUUGUCGUUAAAACUCUCCUUAAAAUAUUAAAUAUGUUUUGGUGUUUUGGAAAAAAAACUCAUUCAUAUCACUGCAAGAUAGUUCUUCUAGAUGAAACGGAGUUUAUACAAGAUAUUCAGGAAUCAUCUAGAGGUCAACAGUUAUUAGAUGUUGUCUUCAAGCAUUUAAAUUUGAUGGAAACUGCAUAUUUUGGGCUCCGUUUUAUUGACGCUACUGGUCAAAGACAAUGGUUGGAUCCAAACAAAUUUAUAGUGAAGCAGAUGAAAGGAAUGGAAACUUUUACUCUUUAUUUUGGCGUCAAGUUCUAUGCUUCUGACCCUUGCAAACUUUUAGAAGAAAUAACUAGGUACCAAUUUUUCUUGCAAGUCAAGCAAGACAUUUAUCAAGGGCGAUUGCCGUUGACGUAUGAUCUUGCUGCCGAGCUUUUUGCUUAUUCCAUACAGUCGGAGUUGGGAGAUUAUGAUCCAAGACGACAUUUACCAGGCUACGCAGCUGAAUUUAACUUUUCUUCUAACCAAACAAAAGAUCUCGAAUCAAAAGCAGCUGACAUUCAUAAGACUCUUAGCGGUGCAGUUCCAGCAGUGGCGGAACUUAGCUUCUUAGAUCGAAUAAAAUGGCUGGAUAUGUACGGGGUUGAUCUUCAUCCUGUGAUGGGAGAAGACAGCAUAGAAUACUAUUUAGGAUUAACGCCAAGUGGUAUUCUGGUGUUGAGGAAUAAAACAAGAGUCGGAAACUAUUUCUGGCCAAGAAUAACAAAAGUUUAUUAUAAAAGGAAAUAUUUUAUGAUAAAAGCUAGAGAUAAAAAUAAUGAACAGAAUACAUAUGGUUUUGAGCUACCUAGCAAAAGAGCAUGUAAACACUUGUGGAAAUGCUGCGUAGACCAUAGAGCAUUUUUUAAAUUAACACAAGUUCGAGAAGUUCCUGGACAAAGUGGAAAAAUUGUUGGCAUCGAAAACAAAUUUUAUGGAAAUAGGUUAGACAAAAGUUCGCAGUCAAUGAACAGUAAAUCCAGAAUAAGACCCCCGCCGACUUUUGUCCGAGUUCCUAGUCGUCGUUUUAAUAAAAGACUUGGACAGCCAGACGGAGCUGAUGCUGGAACACAAUCUAAAGAAGAAGGAGUUAAACAUAUUCUGGAACCCACUAACAUCAUGUCCCCAUUGCCACCACAUCCCAUUAUGAUCCCAGCUCUCCAUAGAUCUACUUCAGUGCCCACAGUCGUACCAUCUCCAUAUAAAGUGGUACCAGCACCAUGGGACGAUCCGAGACUUGGUUCGAGAGGUUUAUACUCCAGUUGCACCAAUCCAUCUCCGAGAUCAGUGAGAAGUGCGGGAGCACUGCCCUCCCGUAGAUAUCCUCUUCAUGGCAGAACUGGAUCCAUAGAAAGUACAAAUAGUUGCGAUUACAGAAAAAGGAAACACCAUAGCAGAAGACAGUCAGACAAUGAAAGCGAGGUUUCAAAAACAUCCAGAGGUUCAAAAUCGUCCAAAUCUUCUCGACAAAGUCAUAGGAGACACGGGUCUCAGUCAGGAGAUGGAAGUGAUUCAGAGCCACAGCAAAGACAUAGGCGACACAGUAGGAGAAAGAAGUAUUUGAAUUCUGGAUUGGAAACAGAAUCAGAAUCCAACUAUCAUCAACGAAGAAGACACAGAAGACAUCGAUCGAGGUCUCCAGACAGCAAAUCUUCUAUUAUACCUCAAGAAGUGAAACAAUAUAUUGACUACAACUUGAUUGAUCCAAGCACUUUAACAGAAGAAGAAAAGAAAGACAUAAAGUAUACAAAAGUUCAAGCUGAUAGCCGACUUUUCAAAAUGAGGUAUUCAUCCAGCCAAGGUCAACUUUCGAAAAAUCAUUCAAGAUCUUUUAAUAGCAAUUUACAUAAAUCACAGUCUUUAGAAGAUCCAGGUCCCCCACCACCCUACACAUCUGAACAAACUACUUUUUUGUCACAAAGUCAAAGAUUAGUGGACAUAGAAGAGAAGAAUGAGAAUCAACCUGAGUUGGUGCAUGUCCCAAAAGAACUUUCUCACAAUUUAAACCACAUAAAAACUAACAGUUUUAAAGAAAAAUACAAAAAUGAAUUUCUGCAGAAUAAUUUAAGUCAAAAGCAAACAAAAGAUUGGGGGACUAAUAAGUCUUCUCCCUUAAACAGAUCUCAGCAGCAAGUUUUUGAUUCUAACAUGAAUGGGAGAAUACCAGAUGGUCAAGGAAAUAUCAAUAACACAACACCAAAUCACAUGUCUAAAAACAUCAGGCUUGUGAACGGUCAUUUUUUCCCAACUUCGCAAAAAUCACUAGUGACAAUGCCUACGAUGACACAUAGAGUUACAUUUCAAAAUGAUAAUUUAACAAAACAGUAUCCAAAGACUUUAACACCUUCCCAAUCUUGGACUCCAUAUUCUCCAAGACCAAAUGGUGAAGUUCCAAAGUCAAAUGAAGUACAACCUUCUCCAAGCAAUCAUGAAAUGAGUACAGAGUUAUAAUUACAAUUACAAAACUAGUGCCAAAUAUUUGAUCCUCAAUGUUUAUCUUUGCUUUUUAUUGAUAAACCAAAGUCUGUGCUAGAUCUGAACAUUGUAACGUUGUAGUAAAUUUGUCUAAAAUGGUUUUUUAGAUUUAUUUGCAUUAUGAAAAUAUUUAGUGUUUAUUUGUAUAUAUCAUAUUAUUGGAAGAAUUUAAUAUAUGUUUUGAAUAUUACAAUACAAAUAUUCUUAGUGUUUAGAAAUAAAAACACUGUACAUAUGUAAAUUAGAAGGGGAAAAAAUCAAUUAAAACUUAAAGCAUACUAUAUGCUUUUGGUAAAAACUUGCAAAUAAUUUAUUUAACAUGUAGUGCUUGAAUAGCUGCCAGUUUAUGUGUGUUAAUUAUAAUCAUUGCAAAUGUUAACAACAUCACAUAAAUGUGUAAAAAUUCUAUCAAACAUUUUACAUGCAGAAUAAACUGAUUUCAUGCACCAUAAAUAAUGAUUAUAUACAUAUUUCUCACAAAUUAUUAUUAUAAAGCAACAAGUUCUAAAUUUCACAAGACAUAGAAUUUUCACCUAGUAAUUUUUCAAAGCUGUGAAGAAAAGUUGUUUUUAAAUAAAAUGUAAAAUUUCUUCAUUAAUAAACUUAUUUAUAAUGAAGAAUGCUGAUUGUGUAAACAGAAAUUCAUUGCUAACAUUAUGAAAGUAUCAGAUUCUGCCAUAGUCAAAAGUUUUGUAUAUCAAAAAAAAAAAAUAAAUAAAUAAAUAAUGAAUAUCUUUCAAUUGUAGGAAAAUAAAUUUUAAAAUUAAAAUAUUUUGUUAGAGAAGGAUAAAUUGAUAAAAAAAAAUGCAUAUAUAAAAUCCAUCCUAGUAAAUUAUCGAUGAUAAAUUUUUACCAAAUGGUAAUUAUUUAUCUCACUUAAAUUAUUUUUCCUACAAUUCUUAAAUUAAGAAUUAAGUUGAAUGAUACACCACUUAAUUAAGAUUAAUUUGAGUUGCAAUCAAAACUAAUAACAGUUUUCAUUAUUCUAAAUUUUAACUAGUGGAAUUUUAAAUAAGCAUAGUUUAGGAAUAAAAUGACAAUAAAAUCCAAUGUAGAGUUGUUAAAUAAAAAUACAGGAACUCCUUCUAUAAAGCAAGGAUAUAAACUACGCUUUUAGGGGAAAUACCUGAAGACAGAAAAUUAUUUUAUUAUGUAGAUAUACUUGAUGCAUUACAUCUGUUUCUCUGCAGUAUUUCAUAUGGAUAUUUGUAUCAAUUUUAUAUCACUUUAAGCCAAACUUUGCAUUUAGUAUCUUUUCAUAAUAUUCAACAUAGAACUACCUAGAUGUGAACUUUUCUCAGUAACAAAACAAAUUUUCUUUAAACAUACUUGAUGUUAGAAUUAUAGCAGUGUUAAUGUCGUUUUUAUUGAAAACAUACACAAACGAUUUUUGUAAAACA